AAAGUAUACUUUUUACAUAAUCCAAGAGUACACGAACCUUCUAAGGAAAAUGCUUGAUGCGAUUUUCCAUUAGUCUUUAGAUUUAAUCUAGAUCUAGACUCUAGAUCUAGAUUAGUAGACAAGAUACCUAAGAUAUACAAAAGCAGUAAUUCUGAAUAAUCCACUUAGAUCUAGAUCUAUAAUUAUAAUCCUUUCUUUUGCACAUUUUUUAUCAUAAAUGCAAAAUGAACACGUUAACGAAGGUAGCAAUAUACUUUGCCCUGGGAUUUAUUUGUGUGUUUAUUUUAGAAAUGAAAUUUUGGCUUACAUCCGCUCUUUUGUUUACAAUUUAUCUCUUUACUGGAGGAUGGAGAUUUGUCAGAGUAGUUAUACUAACCUUGCCCAGAGAUAUUGCUGGUUUGAAGUGUUUGCUUCUGGUGAAAUACAGAGUUGGAAGAAACCUACGAAACAAUAGGACUGUUUAUAAAAUAUUUGAAGAAACAGUAGCUAGAUAUCCUAAAAAAACAUUUGCCCUGUUUCAAAACAAGACCUGGACUUUUUCAGAUGCCAAAAGCUACUCAGAAAGACUUGCUAAUUACCUGUUUGAAUCAGGUUAUCGGAAGGGAGAUGUAAUAGCUCUAUAUUCAGAGAACUGUUUAGAGUAUAUCCCAAUAUGGCUUGGAAUGUCCAGAAUUGGUGUUGUGGCAGCUUUAAUUAAUUUCAACUUGAGAGAUCAAUCUUUAUCUCAUUGUAUAAAAGUUGCUGGUGCUAAAGGUAUCAUAUUUGCAGCCAAUCUUGCUGAAGCUAUUAAAGAAAUACAAGAUACAUUGCCUCGUUCCUUAACUUACUAUUGUUUGAAUGGACCAUGUAAAGUAGACCUGCCGCUUCAUUAUCUAGAUGAAGAAAUCAACAAAGUUUAUUUCAAUAAUCUACCAGCUGCAGGUGUCAAAUGUUCUGAUAGACUGUUCUAUGUGUACACAUCUGGGACAACAGGACUUCCCAAAGCGGCAGUUGUCACCAACACGAGGUUUUGUUACAUGGGCUAUGGCAUAGAACUUCUGUUGAAACUGAAACCUUCAGAUGUCCUCUACAUUCCACUUCCCUUGUACCACACAGCUGGGGGCAUACUAGGAGCUGCUCAAUCUCUGCUGAAUGGCACUACGCUAGCAUUAAGAAGCAAGUUCUCUGCCAGUCAGUUCUGGACAGACUGUAUCCAAUACAAUUGUACUGCUGCCCAGUACAUUGGUGAAAUCUGCCGCUACCUACUGGCACAACCUAAAAAACCUGAAGAAACUCAGCACAAUGUGAGAAUAAUGUUUGGUAAUGGUAUCAAGCCUCAGAUAUGGAACCUUUUUCAAGAGAGAUUUAAAGUCAAGCAGAUAGCAGAGUUUUAUGGUGCCACUGAAGGAAACUGUUCUAUUGUGAACACCCAGAACAAAGUAGGAGCUGUUGGGUUUACCACACGGAUACUCCCAUUCUUGUAUCCCAUUACAUUGAUUAAAAUAAAUCCAGAAACCAAUGAGAUCAUAAGAGACAGUCGUGGAAUAUGUGUUAAGGCUGAGCCAGGGGAGCUUGGUGAAUUAGUUGGUAAAAUUAUUAAAGGAGACCCAUGUCGUGAGUUUGAUGGCUAUGUAGAUGAAAAAGCUACAAGCAAGAAAAUUAUUCGGGAUGUAUUCUCUAAGGGAGAUAUGGCUUUUUCAACAGGUGACAUAUUGGUCAUGGAUGACUUGGGCUACUUCUACUUUAGAGACAGGACUGGGGACACAUUCCGCUGGCGAGGUGAGAAUGUCAGCACCAAUGAGGUGGAGGCUGUCAUCAGUAAUGCCAUUGGCCUGCAGGAUGCGGUAGUCUAUGGGGUUGAAGUGCCAGGUAGCGAAGGCAGAGCAGGUAUGGCAUCUAUUGUGGACAGUGAAGGUAUUGUAAAUAUGACUCAACUGACACAGUCUUUAAAUCGCACUCUGCCAACCUAUGCCAGACCUCUAUUUAUAAGGUUUAUCCAAGAGGCUGAUACAACAGGCACUUUUAAACUGAAGAAAAACACAUUGAGAGAUGAAGGCUUCAACAUCAAUUUAUUCCAUGACAAAGUUUUCUACCUGGACUCCAAGUCUCAGCAGUAUCAAACACUGACUCCUGAGGUGUACUCUGAUAUAGUUUUAGGGAAAAUUAGAAUAUGAUUUGGUUGAUCAGCGUGUCUUGAGUAGGAUUCAUCAUAAUAUUGGUGCUGCUAUCAUGUAAUCAGUUGUAAAUGUGCUUUAGAAACAAAUAACAAAAGUAUUAUUACCACUUCUUCUAAAAUAUAUAUAUAUAUACCAGAAGUGUUUAAAGAUUAAUAUAGUCUGGGUAGUUUUUGGUUUACUAACUAAAUAGAUAACAAUAAUAAAAAGCAAUACUUGGGUGUUCAAUUAUUUAAAAGAAAAUACCCACAAUCAAGUAUUCCAUUGAUUCCAACCAUGGUACAUGCCAUGCUACACUUUAUAGUGAUUAUUUCUCAAAGUCAAAGGGAAAUGAUUUAUUGUCCCUAUAUAUAUAUAUAUACUCUAUUAGCUUUAACUCUUGGGUAAAAACCGUUUUCUAGAUUCUUUGUUAAAUUAGUUUUCUCAGGAGACACUGAAUCCAAAUAAUGUAAAUACAUUUUGUUAGGCUAUUAAAAAGUUAGAUUGAUUGCUUAGACACCACAUAUAGAUAAUUUUUGGAAAAUCUUUUCCAAGUUAACACAUAGGAAACAUUUAAACAUUCAUAUAAAAUAUACAUAUAUAUUUGUAUGAGUUUGUCACAUUCAAUAAUUAUAAGGGAUGCCAAUGGCUGGGCAUUAAAUAAUGAUAGAUAGAAUAAUGGCAUUAUAGUUUAGAACAAUGUAUAAUUAAUUCCCUUUUGUUUUAUAUAUUCUCAAAUGUGUUUUCUAUUUAAGACCAAAGUGUGCUAUCCUUCACGUGUAACUUGACUGUGUAAUAUUUUUAAGAUACAUGAGAAUUAUACUAUUUAUAUUUUGAAAUGGUGAUGCUGGGUAAACAAUACCUAACUUUUUAAAAUACAAAUCUUAAUGUGUGCCACUGGACUACAAUGUCUAAAUGAUACUAUAGGGUAAUUUUAAAUAAAUAUUUUCUGUCAGUUUAAAAACAAAAACAGUAUAAUGUAUGUUGCAAUGUAUUGAGCUUUGAAAAGGUCAUUUUGAGCUGUUCAUGUAAGCUCCUUGUGGGAAAACUCUUAUUAUGUAUAUAUAUUAGAUUUACACAAAGAACAAAACUUUUUUCCCCACCACUGUUACAGUGGGUUUAUAGUUUUGUCUUUGUUUAUGAACACUACAAGCCAAGCGUGUGAAUUGCAUUCUUCUAGUUCUGUGAUGUUUUGUAAAUAAUAAAAAAAAAGUAAUGUUUAAUACAAUCAAAUUAGCCAUUAUACAGUGUAUAAUGAAAGGAUUGGCAUGAUGCCAACUUGUGAGAGCUUCCUAAAUCGUCAACUCUUGUAGCACUAACUCUUGGGCUGAAUGAAUGGCCAGUAGAUCUUAGAAUGAGUAAAUUUCCACCAUAAAAUAUGAUUGUUGCAUAAAAGAAUGAAACAAGUUGAAAAUAAGUUCUGGAGUUCUCAACUGUAUUUUGUAGUAUAGUUUGGAAACUUAAUUUUGUGCCAUAUAUUUUUGUUUUUAAAAAUUUCAUUAGAAGAGCAAGACAUGUUCACACUGGAUUUUACUUUACUCAAUUUAUAAACAUUUCAGCUUAAAUUCUCAAGUUUUAUGAAAUAUACAUUCUCUAUAUUUUUACAGUCCAAUGUAUGUCUUUAGGAAGACUUUGCAAGUCAAUGCAAUAUAAAAAUCCUUUUUUUUUUUCUAGCUAUAAAAAGUAAUAGUAGACAAAGAGAGAGUUUUGUUCAAUAAUAGUUGGAUAUUGAUAUCAAUGUUUUAGACCAUUCUUGAAUUCAUUUGUCAGAGUUCAGUUAGACAUUCAUUCCUUGAUUGUUAAAUUUUGAAACCAUAGAAAUCUUUCAAUCCUGACAUUCCAGACAAGAACAAAACAAAGAGAUUAGAGGAAGACUCUGUGCUCAGUUAAAGUAAUUGUAUCAAGACAUUGUAUAACUUUAUCAUCAUAAGUUUGUCUGUUCUUUUUCAAAAGUUUUCAUCUACAUUGAACACUACUGUGCCUUCAUAGAUCUCUUUAUUAUAAUUAAAAAAACAAUAAAUAAUUUAUCGAUUAUGCAAAUGUAUUUAUUUAUUUUACAAUACAUUGUACUCUAUGUAUAAAACAUACAAUUUGGCUAGGCCAGCAUGAUGAUGACCAGCAGUUUCCACUGCCUACUUUUAUAUUCAGUCGACCUAGAUCUGACACUAGAAAAAAAAUCAGGAACUAGUCUAAAGAUGUCUGGAUUAAAAACUUGACUGCUAAGCAAUUUUAUGAAAACAAUAAAAUAUCAAACCAUGAUUUCAUGCAUUGUGCAACUGAGGUUUGACAUGUUUAUGAGUGAAGGUUUAAACUAAUUGACCUAUUUUAUCUCUUUAAAGUUUUGAGGGAAAAUUAUUUUCUAAUGACAUUAAAAAUAGAACUGCCACUUUAUAUUCAUUUUUAUUUUCACUUUCUGCAUUCUCCAUCUCUUCAAAUCACUAGAUGUGAUAUUUCAUUUAACCAGACAUUAGCUUAUAAGUCUAUUAGAACUAUUAUUUUGAAUAGUUUUUUUUUUUUUUACAAUAAUAAAUGUAUUUGAUAAAUUUUAAAAUCAAAUCUCAAACUGUAUUGUUAUAUAAAUUUGUUUAUUUUUUAAUAUAUGAUACACUAGCAUGAAAGCCAAAUAAAGUAUUAAGUAAAAUUUUAACCUCUUUACAAAGUGGUUAGCUUGUGCUAAAUUGUUGAAAAGUUUUUGACUUGUUCAAUUGCUCUCUUUAAGAAGAAUUAAGCAUCAAUAUGGUCUUACAAAAAAUGUUUAUUUCGAAAGAUUGGAAUUGAAGACAUGGUACAAUCAAACUUGUAGGAACAAAGUUUUGUCAAACAAAAUCGAGAAUAAACAAAUUUGAACAUGAAGAGUGACAUUGCUACAUUGGCUUGAGCUGCAAAGCAAAUACAAAGAUUUUGUGUGUAUUAUGUGACUAUCUGAAAAAGCUCUAGAAGUAAGCAAUAUAAAUGUCUUAUUUAUGACUUUACAAAUGGGAUGGUUGACUAGAAUGUCAAAUCUGGGUUAAAAGGAAA